AACAACACCGCCUUCCCCAAAUAACAACAAAAAAAAUAAAUCGUCAUAUUUUCCGUAUCUCAGAUCGCAUAUUCCGUCAACAACAAUGGCCGGAACCGGUAAAAAUAAGCAAAAAUCUGGCAAAUCCAUUAACCGAAAACCAAUAAAACAAUCUCUGUUCGUAGAAGGCGGUUUAUUAUCCGAUUGGUCUCCGGUUACCGAUUCUCCCCCUUCCAAAGGAAAGAGUAAUAAUGGUAAGAAUAGUGGAAGUAAUUCGAAGAAUAAAUCAAAAGCUUCGAGUUCGAGAAUGAUCGAGGAGAAGCGUAAAAUGAAUGCUGUUGGUUACAGUUAUCCUCAAGUGGACCUUCUUCCAGAUGAAGUUGAUGAUGAACAUAAAACAUUGGAUGAAUCAAACACGAUUGUUUUGGUUGAUACCAAGGUUGUUGCUUACGUUGACGAAACAAAGGUCGAAGAAUCUGAAACCGUCAAAUACACAACCGAGUACGAUGCAAAUUCAGAAGUAGAUGACACUUUCCAUAGAGGCUUAGGAUUUCACGAUAAAGAAGAAGACCCGUGUGUCAAUGAAGAAAAAGAAGGUCCCAUUUCCGAAUCAUCAUCCUCGGAGGAAAUAGAAACCGACCCGUUAUCUUCUCCCGAAAAAAAUUCAGGAUUUUUGUCGAUCGGAGGCAUGAAACUGUACACCCAUGAUAUAUCCGAUGUGGAAGAUGAUGACGAGGAUAAAGAAAGCGUCGAGUCUUCAGAAUCCGAUGAUUCGUCUGACUCAUCGGAUAAUGACACCUCAUCUGAUACAGACGAUGAGAUUGCUAAAGAUUACAUUGAAGGAAUUCGUGAUGAUGAUGUUAUUAAUGAUACGUUAGUAAAGUUCGGAGGGAUUGCACUUCAGGAGGCAUCAAGGGAAUACGGUAUGAAGAAACCUCGGUCGAGAGUGAAAAGUCAAAGUCAACCAAAGUCUAUCAAGUUUCGAGCCGACAAAGAUGAUUGGUCUGCUAUAGAUGAUUUUAUGCUAGUAAAAGACCCUCGGAUUGCUUAUGCACAAAAGAAGAAGAAGAAGCAUGAAAAAAGGCGAUUGCCAGGUGAGAAGAAAAAACAACGUCAAGAUACCAUUGCUUUGAAGCGUAAGGAGCGAAUGAUACGCCGAGGUGUUGAUCUUGAGGAAAUAAAUUCCAAAUUAGAGCAGAUGGUGCAGAAUGAGGGUGAUAUUAUGUCGUUUCAACUUAUGCAUUCUCGGGAUUGUUCACAGGUCCAAAGGUUGGCGUCAAUUUAUCGUUUGAGAAGUUGCAGUCAAGGUUCAGGCAAAAGAAGGUUUGUAACAGUGACACGAAGUGAAUACACUGGAAUGCCAUCUUCCAAUGACCGAAUCCGCCUCGAAAAGCUUAUCGGUGAUGCUAAUACCGCAGUUAACCAUACACCGCCUGCCAAAAUGGCUGCAAAUAGUAGUAAAAAAGCUUCAAAAGGAACCACUGGUUUGAGCCCGUUAGACUCGAGAUUAACAAAAGCCAAAACUUACGGUGAAUCAAGCAGCAAGCAAAGAAGAGAAAAAGACAAGACGGUAGUCACUUACGCUAAACAACCAGUUUCAUUCAUCUCGUGUGGUAACAUGGAACCCGAACCAAACGUGACCACUUUACCGACCACUUUGCCUGUUGAUGAACCAAAACCGAGAGACCAAACUGCCAGCUCAUCAAGCUACGGUGCUUUUGAGAACCACACAACCGGUUUCGGUUCAAGAAUGAUGGCAAAAAUGGGGUAUGUAGACGGAAACGGAUUAGGGAAGGAUGGUACAGGAAUAGCCGAGCCUAUUGAAGUGAUCCAACGGCCCAAAUCACUCGGGUUAGGAGCGGAGCCCGAGGCUCCUGAAGACACAACCCCACCACCACUAAGGGUAAAGGGUCAAAGCGCUAGGAGUAGUGAAAGUAGGGGGAGAUCGGGAUCGGGAUCGGGAAAUGCACGUGUUGGGUCGUUUGAAAGGCAUACGAAAGGGUUCGGGUCGAAAAUGAUGGCGAAAAUGGGGUAUGUUGAAGGGUCGGGUCUAGGGAGAGAGUCACAAGGCAUCGUUGACCCGCUUGUGGCUACCAGGCUUCCUAAGUCUAGAGGCUUGGGUGCCAAUGGUUAGCUUUUAUUGACCCUUCAUGAUUCAUGUUGUAGUUGAAUAUGUUCUAACGUGUACCAUGUAAUUUUUUUUUUAUUUAUUUAUCACAUAAGACACUUGUCGUGUUACAUCUACGAUGUAGCGUUUGUCAUAUUAGAUUUUACUUAAAUAAAAAAUGCGUGAAUAAUUUUCACGCAUCUAGUUU